AUGUAAAAAAUCGAUUAUGGUGUUGAGGUUCACAUUGAUGACACUCUCUACGCCGGCAAAUGUUUGUUAUAACUUCUCAACACUCCACUCCUCUCCUAUAAGUACGAAUAAGAUUAGGCCAGAUUUCUCUUGGGAGUAAAUCAAUAAGGAUGGCCAUAGGCAGAAUUGUUACAUGGUACUAAUUGUCCUUGUGUCAACCAAGAUUAUUAGAAUAAAGACACUAAGUAAAGCAAAAUUAGAUUAGCUACUGUGGCUAUGUUGUGUGACAAAGAUGAUAAUUUUUUAAUAACAAGAAGGCAUUCUUAAAUGAAAACAUUUCCCAAAACAUGGGUGUUUCCUGGUGGAAUGGUAGAAAGAUUAUAGGACUUAGAGUCUGAAUGCUUAAGAGAGGUUUAAGAAGAAACUGGAAUUGAUGUUUCGCCAAUUUUAAAUAAAAUGGAGCUUAAAGUCUUAUAUGAAUCAGUGUAUCCGACUAAAUUAUAAGCUGGUUAACUUCCAUAAAAGCAAACUCUAUGUAUAUUUUAUGAAGUUAAAUUAAAUGAGACAUGCAACAACAUUUAAGUCAAAAUUCAAGAGACUGAAGUCGAUGAUUUUAAAUGGAUUCCUAAGAAAUAAUUAUUAGAAAUCAUGAAUGCCUAAACUAACGAUGAAUAAUAUAAAGAAAUGAGUGGGAUUUAUCCAAAUGAAUAUGGUUCAGGAGUUGGAGAAGGACAUAUUAAGUCAUUUAUGCAUAGUUAUAAAUAUUGA